AUGUACUGGAAAAGCGAUCAGAGGUUUGUGUGUAAACUAGAAGAAAAGGACGUGCCGGAGCUGGCAGCUCCCCCCGAGAAGGUGAGCGAGGCGACGCCGGGCCCGACCCGCGGAGUCGCCGUUUCCUUGAAACGCGAGUUGUUGGGGCUUCUCGACGAGGUUCAGAAAUUACCUCCGGCGUGGCAAGCUGGGCAGGGUGGUGGGGCGCCCUGGGUCCUGGAGGUCAGGGGUCGCAGCCCCAGUGGGUGGUGGCUGGGGCUUGGACUCUGGACGGGGGGUGAGGGCAGAGAAGUGAGACCUCACGAACUGGGCAGAAAGUGGGGGUGGGGACUGCUGGAGAAAGGGGGGAGGCGGCGGGGGAGCCCCAGGGAUCCGUGGGAUAAGGAGGGGAAGAGGAGGAGGGGUCUAGAACCGCCUGCGACCGCGCCUCGCGGCUUCCUGCAGGUGAGCCCCGAGGGAGCGGGGGACGAGGACUCGUGCUCCUCCUCGGCCCCGCUGUCCCCGUCGUCCUCGCCCCGGUCCAUGGCCUCGGGCUCCGUCUGUCCCCCUGGCAAGUGUGUGUGCAACAGCUGCGGCCUGGAGAUCGUGGACAAGUACCUUCUCAAGGUGAAUGACCUGUGCUGGCAUGUUCGGUGUCUCUCCUGCAGUGUCUGCAGAACCUCCUUAGGAAGGCAUACCAGUUGUUAUAUUAAAGACAAGGACAUUUUCUGCAAACUUGAUUAUUUCAGAAGGUAUGGAACUCGCUGCUCUCGCUGUGGGAGGCACAUCCAUUCUACUGACUGGGUCCGGAGGGCCAAGGGCAAUGUCUAUCACUUGGCGUGCUUUGCCUGCUUUUCUUGCAAAAGGCAACUUUCCACGGGAGAGGAGUUUGCUUUGGUGGAAGAGAAAGUCCUGUGCAGAGUGCAUUAUGACUGCAUGCUGGAUAAUUUAAAAAGAGAAGUGGAAAAUGGCAACGGGAUUAGUGUGGAAGGUGCCCUCCUCACAGAGCAAGAUGUUAAUCAUCCAAAACCAGCAAAAAGGGCUCGGACCAGCUUUACGGCAGAUCAGCUCCAGGUGAUGCAGGCACAGUUUGCUCAGGACAACAACCCAGAUGCCCAGACCCUCCAGAAACUGGCAGAAAGGACAGGCUUGAGCAGACGGGUGAUACAGGUGUGGUUUCAGAAUUGUAGAGCACGCCACAAGAAACAUGUCAGUCCCAACCACUCCUCCUCUGCCCCAGUCACAUCUGUCCCACCCUCCAGGCUGUCUCCGCCCAUGUUAGAAGAAAUGGCGUAUUCUGCCUAUGUGCCCCAAGAUGGGACGAUGUUAACUGCGCUGCAUAGUUAUAUGGAUGCUCAUUCACCAACAACUCUUGGACUCCAGCCCUUGUUACCCCAUUCAAUGACACAACUGCCAAUAAGUCAUACCUAAUUUCUUUUUCAGGGAUAGAAAUGAUUAAGGAUAUAAACUUGUCAUUUAUUAUGUAUAAAAUACCAUUGAAAAGAUUAAUGUUAAUUUUUUAUUUAACAUCUAAAGCAUUUCCAACAUCACUUUGCUGCCCAGGUAUGUAUCUACAGUUGGCCUGCAAGACACUUUUAUUGAUUUUUUUUCUUUUUCUUUUUUUUUUUUUUUGUAAAACUUAUGUUUACAAGAAGAAAACAAGUCAAAACUUUUUUUUGUAUUGUCUGGAAAUAGUUCACUCUAGUGUGUAUCUGUUAAUUUAUUUGUCAUCAAAAGAGCACUUUGCCUAAAAGAAAGGACUGACAAGUGUGCAAAAUGUUUACAAUUCUUUGUGAAAUUGUAGUUUAUCAUUAGUUUGUAUCUGUAAGUUAUUGUUAUAAAUAUUACCUGUAUUUUUUUUUGGUACAUACAACUUUAUACUUUGAGGCUUGUAUCUGUGAAUUUGCAACUGAAAUUUCCUUUGCCACCAUUUUCAGAAUGAACUGAAUAAAGCUUCUGUUGUAGCAUGCCACGCAGACACGUUCUUGUGUUUGUGGUUGAUGAAUUACGGCUGUAAAUAACACUAUGGUUUAAUAAGCCCACCAUUCUAAGUUUAUUAAACAUUUUCCAUUAUUGUGAAAGUU